UUGGCUACAUUGAUUCCCAGAGUCACGAGCAACCUUUUGGAGGAGAAAGAGAGCUGGGCGGGAGGAAGACUGAAGUGCCCCCCAGGCGCGUGCAAAAGCCAGUGGGCGGGGCUCGGCCGUUAUACGGUUAACGGUGCAAAGACUCCGCGAGGGAGCAGGUGAUGUUAAAUGGUUGUACACUGAUAUAUCUGAUACGACAUACAUUGUCAUGGAAAACUUUAUUUUAUAUGAAGAAAUUGGAAGGGGGAGCAAGACAGUUGUCUAUAAAGGCAGAAGAAAAGGAACAAUACACUUUGUUGCUAUUUUAUGCAGUGAUAAAUGCAAAAGAGCUGAAAUUACAAAUUGGGUGCGCCUUACUCAUGAAAUUAGGCACAAGAACAUAGUAACAUUUCAUGAAUGGUAUGAAACAAGCAAUCACCUCUGGCUUGUAGUGGAAUUAUGCACAGGUGGAUCACUAGAAGUGGUAAUUGCUCAAGAUGAACACUUACCUGAAGAUAUUAUAAGAGAGUUUGGAAUUGAUUUGCUUGCUGGACUUCAUCAUAUUCAUGAACUUGGAAUUCUCUUUUGCGACCUUACACCAGGAAAGAUUCUUCUGGAAGGGCCUGGCACUUUGAAGUUCAGUAACUUCUGUUUGGCUAAAGCAGAAGGUGAAAACCUGGAAGAAUUUUUUGCUUUAAUUGGAACAGAGGAACAGCAAGAUGAUAGUGGUGAAAGCGGAGGACAAACACUCAAAAGCAGACUUAGAGGUUCGCCUAGAUACAUUGCACCAGAAGUGAUCAAGGGAAACGACUUCUCUAUAGCCAGUGAUCUCUGGUCAUUGGGCUGUUUGCUAUAUGAAAUGUUUUCAGGAAAACCACCAUUCUGCUCCGAAAGCAUUACCGAAUUAACAGAACAGAUUUUAAAUGAAGAUCCUUUUCCACUUUUACAGCAAGGAUCAGCAGUUCCAAAACCAUCUUCAGACUUCCUUAAUUUGCUUGUCUCUCUGCUUCAAAAGGAUCCCCAGGAGAGAUUGACCUGGACAGAAUUGUUGCAACAUCCUUUCUGGAAACAUGCUUUUGUUCAGAUUGCCAACAAAUCUAUCUCUGGACCAGACACCAACUCCAGUGGAAAUAUUGAGCUAUUUGUAGCUGGACAGUCUGAGGAUCAGUUGGAGAGUGAAAAAACACCAGAUGUUUCAUCACCAGGAACAUCAAAUAAACAACUUAACAGAUCUUUCAAGAUGGAAAAGCCAGAGGCAUUACGUCCUAAAAGCGCUGUUGAUGGUGAAUCAAAUGAAUCUAUAUUUCUUCUCAGUUCUCGACCCACACCAAGAACUAGCAUUGCAGUAGAAAUAAGCAGUGCCACUGCCAUUAUGUCUACAAAUUCACUACAUCAAACAUCUCCAUGUCCUUCAGCAAAGGAUAAAAACAUAUUCUGCAGUGAGGAGGAUAUGGAGUCCAAAGUGAAAGAGCUUAUCUAUACAGAGUCUGACCUUAUUGUGACCCCAAUUAUUGACAACCCAAAGAUAGUGAAACAAGUACCAAUGAGAUUUGACGUGAAAAAUUUGCAUAUCCCAGCACAUUCAGCCGAAAAACUGUUGAUGCUAAAAGAAGCAGAAUGGGAUGACUUCUUACAACAAGUAUAUCAGCUGAUUGAUUCCCAAGAACGGACCACAGGGACAGCCAGAAUUAAACUGAAUUUACUUUGCUAUCUCUGCACUGUUGUUGGCAAUAAAGAAGUAGCAACCAGACUAAUCAGCACACAGCUGUUCCCUGAAUUAAUACAACAGUUGCGGAUUGCUCCAAAUUGGGAUAUACGUGCCAAAGCAGCCCGGGUGAUUGGCUUGCUUGCAUUCCAUACAACUGAACUUAAAGAGAAUGUUCCAGUUAUAGAGGCAGUCACUCUCUUAACUGAAUUGAUCAGAGAGAACUUCAGGAACAGUAAAUUAAAACAGUGCCUUUUACCUACCCUAGGGGAGUUGCUUUAUCUUGUGGCCAGUCAGGAAGAGAAAAAAGAGCACCCUAGAGAUUACUGGGUCCUUCCUUCAGCUGCUUACACUGUGCUAAUGAGGUGCCUUUGGGAAGGGGAAGAACGCAUUAUAAACCAUAUGGCAGCAAAGAUUGUUGAAAAUGUGUGCUCCACUUUCUCGUCUCAUGCUCAAGGAUUUAUUACUGGAGAAAUUGGACCUGUAUUGUGGUGUCUCUUUAUGCACUCAACCAUAGAUUCAUUGAGAAUAACUGCUAUAUCGGCAUUAUGCAAAAUUACUCAUCAUUCCCCAAGUGCCUUCCAGAGUGUGAUUGAAAAGGUGGGAUUACCAGCUGUGAUACACGCACUGGCAACUGGAAUAUGCAAAGUUCAACAGUACUUGUUGACUAUGUUCUCUGCUAUGUUGUCAUGUGGCAUCCAUUUGCAAAGGCUGAUCCAAGAAAAGGACUUUGUGACUACAGUUAUUCGACUCUUUGAAAGUCCUUCCACUCUUAUACGGGCAAAAGCUUUUUUGGUCCUGUUACAGGUUUUAAUUAAUAACAAAGAAAUGCUACUUCUGAGCUGUCAAGCAAGGUUGGUGAUGUACAUUGAAAGAGACAGCAGAAAGACCAUGCCAGGAAAAGAACAGCAAAGCAGCAAUGAAUACCUGUCAAAAUGCUUGGGUCUUCUCAUCUUUCACAUUGUGCAGGAGCUGCCACAUAUUCUAGGUGACAUUCUUUCUGCUUUAGCCAAUGUAUCAGGACGUAAACAUCCAUCAACCGUUCAAACAAAACAGCUGAAAGGGUGCCUUCCUAUGAUGCCUGUGGUCCUUCAUCUUAUGACAUCCCAGGUGUUUCGUCCCCAGAUUAUAAAUGAGGAGUUUCUUUUCAGCUAUGGAACUUUACUAAAUUUCAUCAUAUUAAUAGAUUCAGGAGAAACUAACUUAGAUGGAGCAAUAGGUCAAAUGGGUUCAGAAGAACUGGUUAAAAUUACUUUAUCAACAUUUGAAGCAAUAAUACAACAUCCAGUCUUGUUGAUGCCUUACCAUUCAACAGUUAUGGAUUGUAUCCUGCCACCCUUAGUUUCUUUGGUCUCCAGUCAAAAUGUGGAAUGGAGACUCGCCAGUUUGCGGUUGCUCUCUGAAACCACAUCACUACUUGUGAGCCACGGGGUCAUGGCUGAAGAGAAAGAAAACCUUAACUCAGGCAACAAACUUCUGUCUCUUGUUAGAGACUCAUUGCUGCCUCAAUUAGAACAAAUUCUAAUGGCACCUGACCCAGUACCUGCUUAUGCUCUGAAGCUGCUUGUUACCCUUACAGAGUACAACCCUGCUUUUGCAAGUCUUAUUGAAGAGAUUCAUCUCGUUCCAACUAUUUUUCAAGUCAUUCUGGACCAUCAGGGUAUGCUGCUAGGAAAUACCAUGCAGAGUGCGAUUGCAGUCUUAAAUAACCUGGUUUCAAAUAAAAAUACAAACAUGAAAUUUCUUUAUGAACAAGGUCUGGUCCAUCACAUCUGUAAUCUCCUAAUAGAAGCUGCUGCUCUGUGCUUGGAUGCAGAAGAUAAAAGUAACAUCAAGACAGCAAAUGCUUUUCUCCUCUCUUUGCUUGACAUUUUGCACCACAUGCUGAUACAUACAGCUAAUAUUGUCCGCCUGACACUGCAGGCUCAGAAAACUGGCACUGGAGGGGACACUCAAACUGCGGAAGAUCUUCUGCUUAUCAAUAAACCUUUGACAGACCUAAUCAGCUUGCUUGUUCAGCUGCUUCCCAGUGAGGACACUGAAAUAUAUGAGACUGCAUCCCAGUGCUUGUCAUUGUUAGUACAACUAUAUGGUGGGGACAAUGUCGAUAGUAUGUCUCCAGAAAAUAUGGGCAGCUUCGCUGAAGUACUGGAGUUGAAAACCGAAGUGAAAGAUCAGAAACUUUUGCUGAGAGUCAUUAAGAGAUUGAUAACUUCAAAUGAGAAGCACUCCCAAAGCCUGAAGAACGAUGGAGAAAUUCUUGUUCGUACUCUAGAAAGAUUGGCCCAAACUGCCAAGUUCCAUGCUGAUAUAGUAAUUGCUUCCUUGGCUUCUGAAAUCCUCAAGAAAAUUGAACGCUAUCACAGCUGAGUCAGUGAAGGCCACGCAUGUAUUUUAUUUCUUUUGGUUUUAAUAUUUGUAUUUCUUAAUAAAACUUUGUCACUUC